GCUUUAGUUUAUUUAUUCAACCGACCGAUAUCGUGUGUGGACAUUAUUUUCCGAAACGUUCGCAACCGCACAACACACACAUACACACACACACACACACACGUACACGUACUCACACAUACACUCACACGUAUAGCAAGCAAAAGGCAGCGCCGCAGCAGCAGCUCAAUAUACACGGCGUGUGCGCCCCGUGAGCUAUCUAGUAGAUAAAAACUCGCCGACUCGCCGACAACAGCAGCCAAGCAGCAAACCAACAACGAGCUAACAGCAACAGCAACAGCAACAACAACAGCAGCAACAUUAACAACAAACUUGCAACAAUUUUAUCAUUGAAAUCAAUUUUGUUUGCCCAAACUUCGGCGGCAAGAGAGCGCAGCGCAAAAUGUUUGCCCUAACAAUUUAAUAGAAAACACACACUCCAUUUGUUUAUCGUAUUUGGGCGACAAGUGUUUAUGGCAAUGCAACAAUUGCCAAUGCAAUUGCAGUGUGUGUGUAAUUAACAAACAAAUAAAAUAUCCAAGAGCGCAUAUAAAAAAAUUAAAAAAUAGAAGCACGCGUGUGUUAUCUAAUCUUGGCAGGAAAAACUGCGCGUAGAGCUCAAAAUAAAAAAAAUAAAAACAAAAAAUAAAAUAUAUUAAACGAGACUGUGUACGACGACGGUUCUAACGGUAAACGCGUGCGGUACGGUGUUUUGUAAAUAAAUAAAUAGCAAUUAAUUUAACAACUUUUUUUUUUGCAAGUGUGUGCAACAAACAACGCAAAUUUUUUAAAGUGCUAAAGUUAUUAAAGAAACGACAAAAAGAAAAGAAACAUGUACAACAAUUUAACGAAUGUUGCCACGGCCACGGCCACAGGCACGGUGCAAACACUGGAAGCAGCAACAGCAACAACAACAGAGCGUGAAGCAACUUGCAACAGCAGCAGCAACAGCAGCAACAACAACAACAGCUAUAUAUAUUAUCAAAGUAAAUUGCAUCACCUGCUAAUUGUUGCACUUCUGCUCUGCCUCAGCAGCUGCUUGCCCCAAGUGGCGCAGGCACGACGUCACUCGCCGCUGCUGCUAGAGGAGUCCGAUACGGGCAGACGCUCCAACAGGCCAGCGGUUACUGAAUGUCAAUUUGGCAAAGUCCUACGAGAAUUGGGCUCCACUUGGUAUGCGGAUCUGGGACCGCCAUUUGGUGUCAUGUAUUGCAUUAAAUGCGAAUGCGUUGCGAUACCCAAAAAGCGACGCAUUGUGGCGCGUGUGCAAUGCCGCAACAUCAAGAACGAGUGUCCACCGGCCAAGUGCGAUGAUCCCAUAUCCUUGCCCGGCAAAUGCUGCAAGACCUGUCCAGGCGAUCGCAACGAUACGGAUGUGGCCUUGGAUGUGCCAAUGCCCAGCGAGGAAGAGGAGCGCAACAUGAAACAUUACGCUGCGCUGCUAACGGGCCGCACAUCCUACUUCCUCAAGGGCGAGGAGAUGAAGUCCAUGUACACGACGUACAAUCCGCAGAACGUGGUGGCCACGGCGCGCUUCCUCUUCCAGAAGAAGAACCUCUACUACUCGUUCUACACCUCGGGGCGCAUCGGGCGGCCGCGGGCCAUACAGUUCGUGGACGAUGCGGGCGUCAUACUGGAGGAGCAUCAGCUGGAGACGAGCAUGAGCGGCAGCCUGAGCGUUUACCAGAACGCGACCGGCAAGAUCUGCGGCGUGUGGCGACGCGUGCCGCGGGACUACAAGCGCAUCCUGCGCGACGAUCGACUGCAUGUGGUACUGCUGUGGGGCAGCAAGCAGCACCAGUCGGAGCUGGCGCUGGCGGGCAAGGUGGCCAAGUAUACGGCGCUGCAGACGGAGCUGUUCAGUGCGCUGCUGGAGCCGCCGCAGCAGGCGAAUGGCAAGACGGACCUGCAGCUGGCCGGAGCCGGCGGCACGGCCAUUGUGUCGACCAGCAGUGGCGCUGCCAGCUCCAUGCACCUGACGCUCGUCUUCAAUGGCGUCUUUGGCGCCGAGGAGUUCGCCGACGCGGCGCUGAGUGUGCGCAUUGAGCUGCCGGAGCGCAAGGAGCUGAUCAUUGAUGAGAUGCCGCGAGUGCGCAAACCCUCGGCGGAGGUGAAUGUGCUCGAGAUUAGCUCGCCCAUCAGCAUCCAGAAUCUGCGCCUCAUGUCGCGCGGCAAGCUGCUGCUGAGCGUCGAGUCCAAGAAGUAUCCCCAGCUGCGCAUCCAGGGCCACAUUGUGACCCGCGCCAGCUGUGAAAUCUUCCAGACGCUGCUGGCGCCAGCGGCGACGGCGGCCGUCGAGCAGCGCAGCAGCGGCCUGGCCUGGGUCUAUCUGAAUACGGACGGCAGCCUGGCGUACAAUAUCGAAACGGAUCAUGUGAACACCAAAGAUCGGCCCAACAUCAGUUUGAUCGAGGAGCAGGGCAAGCGCAAGGCGAAGCUGGAGGAUCUGACGCCGAGCUUCAACUUCAACCAGGCCGUGGGCAGUGUGGACAAGCUGGGACCCAAGGUGCUGGAGUCGCUCUAUGCGGGCGAUCUCGCGGUCAAUGUGGCCACCGAGCAUGAGACGAGCCUGAUACGCGGUCGCCUCGUGCCGCGUCCCGUGGCCGAUGCACGCGACUCCGCCGAGCCGAUUCUGCUGAAGGCGACGCAUGGCGGCGAAGCUGCCGCCGGCAUGGCCUGGAUGUCCAUCGACAACGAAUGCAAUCUGCACUACGAGCUGACGCUGAGCGGCUUCCAUGCGCAGCAGGAGCUGCAGCUGUAUCUGGAGGAGAAGCCCAUCGAGGCCAUUGGCGCGCCCGUGACGCGCAAACUGCUCGAGGAUUUCAGCGGCAGCUACAUGGAGGGAUUUCUGCUGGGCAUGCCCAGCGCCGAGCUGAUCAAGCUCGAGACGAGCGUCUGCUAUCUGGAGCUGCAGUCCAAGCACUCGCACCAGCUGCUGCUGCGUGGCAAGCUCAAGAGCACCAAGGUGCCCGCCCACUGCUUUCCCAUCUACACGGACAACAAUGUGCCCGUGCCCGGCGACCACAACGACAACCAGAUGCUGACGGCCGAGACCAAGUGCUUCCACUCCGGACGCUUCUACAACGAGUCGGAGCAGUGGCGCAGCGCCCAGGACACUUGCCACAUGUGCGCCUGCCAGCGUGGCCAGGCCAACUGUGAGCUGAUCAAGUGUCCGGCGCUCAAGUGCAAGACCAGCGAGCAGCUGCUGCAGCGCGACGGCGAAUGCUGCCCCAGCUGCAUCCCACCCCGACGUCCCAGCGAUGGUGCCAGCUCGGAUUGGCUAACGGGCGGCACUUCGCCGGCACUCAAUGCCAGCGAGCUGCUGAGCGCGCCGCGUCGUGGCUGCCGCUUGGGUGAGCAGUUCCAUGCCGCCGGCGCCAGCUGGCAUCCGUUCCUGCCCCCCAAUGGCUUCGAUACCUGCACCACCUGCAGCUGCGAUCCGCUGACGCUCGAGGUGCGCUGCCCCCGCAUGGUCUGUCCGCCGCUGCAGUGCAGCGACAAGCUCGCCUAUCGGCCCGACAAGAAGGCCUGCUGCAAGGUCUGCCCGGAGGGCAAGCAGAGCAGCCACGGCCAGGGCAGCAAGCAGACCCCGAACAAUCCGAACGUGCUGCACGAUCAGGCGAUGCAGCGCAGCGCCGCACACAAUGCCGAGGAGGUGCUCGCCGCCGGCGGCUGCAAGGUGGUCAACAAGGUCUACGAGAACGGCCAGGAGUGGCAUCCCAUACUGAUGUCCCAUGGCGAGCAAAAGUGCAUCAAAUGCCGUUGCAAGGACUCGAAAGUUAACUGCGAUCGCAAGCGCUGCUCGCGCUCCACGUGCCAGCAGCAGCAGCAGCAGACGCGCGUCAGCAGCAAGCGGCGACUGUUCGAGAAGCCCGGAAGCGAUGGCGCGUCCACAGCAGCGCCCGUCGACGAGUGCUGCUCCACCCAAUGCCGACGCUCGCGGCGCCACCACAAGCGCCAGCCGCAUCAUCAGCAGCGGGCGGCAAGCAGCUGAAGCUGAAGCCACAGAGAGAGAGAAAGAGAGAGAGAGAACCCACUUUUAUUUUUGAGGGGGGGGUAAACAGUUUAUGCGUCUGCACUCAGACGAGCGAGAGCGAGCGAGCGAGAGAGCGAUAACAAUAGUGAGUGUGUAAGCGAAAGCGAAGCGCAGCGAAAUGUUAACUUGUAUUAUAUUAAAAAAUUAAAAACUACAAAAGCAAAAGCACAGACAUACACAGUUAGCCAAGAGGGGUGCGCGCUUGUGUGUGUGUGUGUGUGUGUUCUGUAGUACACUGAAAAACAAAAUUACAUUAUAUAUUUAUAUAUAUACAACUACUAUAUAUACCAAUUAACCAGUGCAGUUGCUUUAAAUUCUCGUCUCGCGUGGAAUUUAACUAGAGAGCGCAUUUUUUUUUUGAUAAAUAUGCAAAUGUGAAAAGCAAAAAAAGGGAAACAUAACUGUGCUGUGUCCAAGUUGAUGCUUUUCUUCAAAAAAAAAAAACACAAUUAAAUUCAAUAUACUUUCUGCUUCUUUAUCACAUUAUUUA